UCGAUGGACAUGAGUUUGAGUGAACUCUGGGAGUUGGUGAUGGACAAGGAGGCCUGGCGUGCUGCAAUUCAUGGGGUCGCAAAGAGUUGGACACGACUGAGCGACUGAACUGAACUGAGCUCCUCCUUAUACCACAAAGUUAAGAGAUUGGAUGAUCUCCUGUGAUUUAUGAUAUAUUAUCUGCUUUUUCUAGCUUUUGUAUAUGUAUCUGAGUUAGGAAAUGUCUAUUAGGUUUUGUGCUAUAAGUGAGUAUUACAUUGGAAUAAUAGCUUCAGGUAGUUUACUUACAUCUCCUAAACAAGGAUAUGAUUUUUUAUUUUUCUUUUUUUGGCAGGAAAUCAUUUUGUGCUACUGUUCAUUCAUACUUGUUCAUCAAGUUCUUUGAGUCUUCAAGGGCAGAAUUUACCUCUAAACAGAAAGAUGGAAACUAAAGGUCAUUUAUUUUGCCAGGGGGAAGAAAAUACUGAUUCAUCAGAUGAUGACUGUAAUUCUGUUGCAGCUGACUUAUUAUCAAGAGAUAUUGACAGCAAAAAGUACAUCAAGUUUUCUAAAACAACAGAGAAGACAAUUUCACCUGAAAUUAGGGGUUUGAGCCCAGAACACACAAAAAAGUAUGAAACAUCAAUAUUCCUACUCGGAGAAGAAAAAUCCUCUAAUUUUUCAGGAGAAAAAAAAGGCAGGAGGAAGAAGAGUUUACAAGUACAAUUGUGUACUAAAAGAACUGAGGUUGCUCCUUUGUCUGUGAAGGAGAAGAUGACUAGAAAAGAAAGCUCUUUAUGCAAGUUGCCAAGUCAGUGCAGCGUUCACAAGACUCUGUCACCUCUUGAUAGAUCUUCCUCAGUUAUUCGGAAAGAUGAAAGACCUUCUAACCUUUACCAGACACUAUAUGAUGAAGUACCUGAAGGACGCUUUUACUCAGAAGAAUUAAGUGCAUUUCAGAAAGCCUGUAAAAUUUUUAGUAAAAUUCGAGGUGGUAAGAUUUAUGUGAAUGAUCUGCCAAUGAUCCAUCGCAUCUUGAAGAUCUCUAUAAGUGACACAGAAAUGCGAAAGGCACUGAAGACUAUUGAUAUUGCUGUUAAUGGAAUGCUGGAUUUUUCAGAUUUCCUUAAGGCUGUGAAUGAUGUCUGUUACUUGGUCUCUCAGGAUCCAGCAUUUCAGAAUGCCUUGAAGAUUUUUCACAGGAUAAAAGGUGGUCGAGUUCCAGUUUCUGAAGUGGAUAAAGUGUUGGAUAGCAUGGAUAUCUUGGUAGUCCCUGAAACUUUGCAGGAAGUGAUAAAAUGUGCUGAUAUCAACAGUAAUCAAAUGGUGGAUAUUGGGGAUAUCAUAUUUACUUUGGAUGAACUACAGCAAGAGUAUGAGAAUAUUUCAAUUAUGGAAGGAACAGCCUUGGAUGAAGCUACUUCAAGAAAGUUAUCAAAUGUGUCAGGAUGCUAUCCACAAUAUAGGAAGAAAAGCAUUUUAUCUUCUGGACUGUCUGAAUCAUCAUUAUUCCAAAAGUUAAAUACAAAGAGCCUCCAAAAUCAUAAAAUUAUGAGUGAGAAUGAUGACUAUGAAUUUAAAAGACCAAAAAAUAUUUUGCAAAUAAGAAAAUUCCAGGAUGAGGUUGAUAGCAGUGAUAUAGAAUUCCAGGAACCAUAUUCAAAGGAUGGCAUGAACUUUAAGAAAAGUUCAGAGAAAGUUGAAAUUCAUGACUCAAAGUCUAAACCACAAGACUUGAAGCAUGUUUCAGGGCUCAAAAAGUCCCUGGAUAAAAGUGAUAUUUUUAGUAUCCCAAAACUUCAGAAGCCAGCUGUGAGAAGGAGCUCUAGUCUUCUAAAACAAGUUUCAUCUCAGGAAAAAACUGCAAUUAAUGCUCUGGGAAAUGUCUGUGAAACUAUCAAAAAACUCCAAGAAAAUUACAUAGAUGCAGAAGAACUUCAGUCCAUUUUGCCUUCACUAGGAAUUACUUUAUCAGAUAAAGAAUUCAAGAAGAUUGUGACCGACACUGCUAGAAACGAAAAUGGAAUGGUGAAAUUAGAUGACUUUGUGAGUGCUGUCUCUAAAGAGCAAAAUCUUCCUGAAUAUGAUGUGUUGACUGAUGUCAUUAAAGCUAUUGAUAAAAUUAAAGAUGAAAAUAUUGAUUAUGGGGAUCUGAACACUUGUCUUCAAAAUUUAGGAGUUUACCUUUCUAAGCCAGAAUUUCAGAAGAUCACAGAGUUAACUGAAGUUGGUGAAACAAAAAAAGUGAAUUUUAAACAAUUUGUUGAUACUAUGAUGAGUAACACAGAAUGCUUCUCUGAACAAUUAGUAUUGCCUGAUACUAUUGAAAACUUCCACAAUCUCAGCAAAGAUAAGAUGAGUGCUCCUGAUCUGUGUAAUACUCAUUUGAACAAUAAUUUAAACAAAGAUGAAUUCAUGACUGCCCUGAAAUUGGCAACAGCUGAUGAAGGUGACAAAGUACAAAUUGAAGAAUUUGCAAAAGUGGUAAAGGAAAUGCAUGAUACCUCCAAGUUAGAAGAAUCACAGGAGACUGUCUUAGCUGUUAAUUUGCCUGAAGAUGACAUGAUACCUGGGAAGAACUUGGAAGGUUUUCUAGGAGAUAUUGGAAUUAAGUCACCUAAAGAAGAGGUAGAGAAAAUUCUUCAGUCAGAUUUUGUUUCUGAAGACAACAUGGUGAAUGUUAAAGACUAUAUGAAGACUCUGAGUGACACCCAGAAAUUUUCCAAUUUUAUUGGAACAGAAGAUCCUUGGAACAUUGUUAAUAGUGUCUCUGAUGGGAAAGUUGCAGUUAAAGACUUUUUAUCUACCUUGGAGAAACCUUUGAGUAAAGAACAACUUAGAAACUCUGCAACAGAUGCUUAUAUAACAUUGGAAUUGCAUAUUCCUUUGAUGUCUAGUGGUAUUCACAAAAGAAGCCAUCUGAGCCUUAUAGUUCUUUUUGGAUUUAUAUAAAGAGAUUACAACUCUUGAAAAGAUCAGAAAUGAUAAGAUGCCUAUAAAUGAACUGAGCUCCCAACUCUUGAGUGCUGGAGUUCCAUUAAGCAACAAGGCAUUCCAGGAGAUUCUGAAUGAAACAUCU